AUGGAUGCGUUCGAGCAGCAGCUCCGCUGCGCGAGCCAAAGCCAGAGAUUCCACUUCCCUUCGUCCGAGGGAGCUGUGUGGGAGGCAGAUCAAGUUUUGGAUUGCAUAAUAAAAAGGCGCUGCAGGAUGAGAUCCAGAAGCUCGAAGCCCAUGAGCUGCUUCGAUGGAUCCGUGAUCUACGAGACCAGGCAAAGUUCCAGGACCAAGAGGUGAUAAAGAAUUAAUAAUCUCGGGUUGAGAAAGUCAAGAACGAGGGCUGGAAGAACAGAUAGAGAUCGAGCGAGUUUCCCUCGUCCAUGGCGUCUGGAUGUUGCAACCAAGGGUGUUACAUGAAAGUGGUGCCCAGUGAUCCAGACACUCCCUACGACUUCACACUCUUGGCAUUUGCUUUGGCCGCGACAAUUCCAUUCAUCGUGGCGAAUGGCGCGCUCUUCGCCCAUCGCGGGCGCUCCUACUUUCGAGCGCAGGGAGGUGUGUAUCUCAUCCUAGGGAGUUCGCUAGCGGGCUUAGUCUGGAUAGCAUCCCAGUUCGUCAACAAUGACCACUUCAGCAGGAUCGGGCCGCUCAGGAGCUGCUUGCUGUGGACGUUCUGGCUCCAGGGGACGGCUAUUUGCCUGUGGUUCGUGCUCACUAUUCUCCGGCUUGCUCGGAUGUACGAGCUCAGCAAGAACAUCGACAACUGGUCGUGGAAAUACUACGUUUUCGUCGCCCUGUGCCUGCUUCCCAACGUCAUCCUGUCCACCGUUGCUAGCUUGAGUGACUUCCAUGAACACGAGAGAAGCGUUCGGUUGUGCAAGCUAAGCAAGAACUGGAAAACCACCGUCUUCUCCGUGUAUACUCCAUACUGGCUGGUGCUCAUCUUCUUCAUCUAUAAGCUGCGCAAGCAGGAGGAUCCACUGCUAUCUACCGAGUACAGGGACACUGUGGACUACUUGGCUGUGACUAUCGUCAUUAUCAUGCUCGCCAGCAUGGCGGAUGUGACGAUAACUAGCGAUACUAUCCCUGGCAGAUGCGCCCUAACGUUUUCAACAUGCUGCCUCGUGUUCUUCAACUUUUGGAUACGCUUCGGGUGGCCGAUUUAUCUGUGUCUCUUCAGGCCCAAAGAGGAGAUGGACAACUUCGAGCAGGAGCUAACUUACGGUGGUGCCCAAGCUCUGGACAUGGUUUGCAGCCAAAGGAUACACUUCCCUUCCAGUGAAGGUGCUAUUUGGGAAGCUUUCUCCAAAGCUAGUGACGAUCGGGACAGAUACAAGGAUGAAAUACGGAAGCUGGAAUUGCAGAAAGCGUUGCUGGAAGGGAAGAUCCUAGAGUUACAAAUGCAAAAGAGAAAAGCACUUGGAUCUGGUCACUCUUAAAGUUAAUCUCUCAAUUGACUUUUUUCUUUCUUUUUGAUUCUUUACUUGACUUUCAGUCCAGACUUAUCUUCAUCAUUAUAUAUAUAGAGAGAUAUUUAAAUAUCUAUAGAAAAUUAUAAAGCAAAAUAACUACACUUAAUUAGAAAACUUGAAAUAACUGCUUACACUAUCAGGAGAUUGAAAGAAUACUUAUUACCAUGAAGUCGUUAAUUUUUCUCUGUACAAUAAACAUCAAACUCGUGAGUGUUACAAAGAGCCAUCCCAAAAUCGCGCUCGCGGAUCAGGAGAAACGAAAAAUGAAGAAAAA